AUGCGUGUCGAGCUGUUGACUUUCUUCCUCCUGGCAGGACUUGUCCAAUGCCGGUUCAACGCAAACUUCUACAACUACCUUGUCGGCAAGUUCGGCAAAGCGAUCGCCGACGAUUUGACUCGCUCCGACCUCGGAGCCAAAGGAUCUUUUGGCGGCGGCAACCCCAAUGCCAGGUAUUUUAAGAAGGGAUAUUUUGAAGUUUUUAAAAUUCUCAAAACUUGUGUGUUUCGGAAAAAUGUCGGAAAUUACAAAAAGAAAAGAGGGAUUUUUCAUACUAGAACUUUUUUCUGGGUUUGGGUUUGCAAUAUUGCUAAGCGCUUUUGAGACUGUAGCAGAGUUUUUGAAACUGUGUACCAAACAUUUUGUUUUAGUCCAACUUCUCGUCAAACCUUGAAGACAACCUGCUAAAAGUAGACUUCAGUUUUCUUUUUUCAAUGAUGGAGUUGUUUUUAAAAAAUGUGAGCUUCAGCGUGCUGCCAGUGAUAGUGGUACACGGUCUGGCCGGCACGGCGGGGCUGCUCCGAACACGCGUCUACAACAAGUACCUCUCCUACGGUCAGCCGCGCGGCACAGUCUUCGGCACGACCUACGCCAACGGCGACCUCAUGCAUUCUUUGGCCCACGGCAUGCAAUGCGACUACGUUCUCAAGGUUCCUUUGUCAUUUUCAAAACUCUUAUCGGCUUUGCACAAAACGUUUGGAUUUUCAUCUUUCAAAGGUUUUCACUUUUUAUUUCACUGAAGGAUGAUUCGGAGAGCUUCAACCUGCGCAGGGACGAAGUUUUCACAUAAAAACUUCCUUGAUCUAAAAAAAAACAACUAUCAAGCCCAGUUCAAUAUGCAAAAAACUCAACUUUUUCACAGCAUUUUCAGUCUUCUGUACUCCUUAAACCUUUCAGUGCUUAUUUAAGGCGAAAAUUUUCUCGGACCAAUUGCCAAAAAAAAAAACGACUUUACCGAAAAUUGCUUAUUCGGCCGCUUUUUGUUAAAGUCACUAAUUUGAUUAUUUUUAUUAUCGCAGAACUGAUUAUUUUCGAAAAAAAAAAGUUUAAGUGAUGACUUAACUCUCCAUCGCAAAGUGUUCAAUUUCACGAGUUCUCGUUUUUGGACUAUAACUCCGGUUUGAACGGGCUGAAACCAUCCUCUUUUCGGAACCAUUAACUCCAACGCAAUAAAAAGUUCCACAAUGUUGCCUUGUCAAAAAUCUUCUUCUGAAAGUUUUUCGCAUGUAUUGUAUCUAAAGGAUUCAUUUUUCUUCGCCUCGAAUGGUCACCCGGUCCACAAAAGCCACUUUAGCAUGAGGUCUUGAAACAUAAAAAGGCGCGAAUCGAAGGACUUCCCUCGCCAGACGACAAAACAAGGAAAAAAUUGCCUACGUCAUCAUGGAAAGGAUCAGCGGUGUCUUGUAUUGGGUCAACCAGCCAGUUUUCAAAGACGUUCUGACCCAUUCGCGGGAAACUUGAGGCGUCUUUUCGCACAAAGAUAAGGUACCGAGUAGCAACAAUUGCCCCAGAAGGCCAAGGACAAUAAUUCCAGAGUUGAAAAAUAACUCGAUUCUGAUCCCUUAUCCGUCAGAUCUUUGAAAAUCACCCGAGGAUUUUGGCGGUCAAUGAUUCUCUGUCCUUUGUCAUUGUUUUUUUUUUGCCGCUUUUUGGAGGUCUUUCCUUUUUGCUUCUUUCCACCAAUUACAGUUGUUAACGCAACUGAGUGGCCAACUGGGAAAAAAAAACUAAACAAUGCAACUUGUUGUGACAAUGAGUUUUGAAUUCCGAGCGUCCUUGGCGACGUCACUGUCGUCGGCGUUUCCAAGCACUCGUGUGGUUUUGUUCAGUUCUUUGUCCCCAAGUAUACUCAAGGUCAGGGGUGAACUGUCGAAAAAAUAAACUCUCAACAUGAAAUCUAAAUGACCAGCGUUUCAUUUUGUGUUUAUAAAGGAAACAUCGAUGAUCAUUUUGUUGUCAACUUAUUUAAACGUGAUGAGAGAAAAGCAAAUCAACAAAAUCGUUGAAUAUAUUUACAAUUCAAUUUUCGUCGAAAAAUACUAUCAUGACAAUUCACGUCAAUGUUUCCGGGAUGGUCGCUUAAGAUUCGUUGACGAACCUGCUUUGAUAGCGCAUGUUCCAAUCAUUUUUCAGGUACGAACCUUGAUCCUGGCGGUCCAUGAAUACACAAAGAAGAAGGUCAACAUUAUCGCCUUCUCCAUGGGAUCUCCGAUCUCAAGAAAAGUGGGAAAAUCAUGUCGAAGCCAGAAAAAACGUAUUCUCAUGAUCAGGCAAUCCUCGGUGGGCGAUGCGUUGACACGGGAACCAACCUCGGCGCUCCAAUUUCUUCUUUUGUUCAUAACUUUGUCUCCGUGGCCGGUGCCAACAACGGUAAGCGCUGGUUUGUCAGUAGUUCAUUCCUCGUUCAGGCGCCCACUUUUGCACCAACUCGCCAUUUUUCCACGGUAUUUGCAGUCCUGUCAACGGCCUCGACUGCGACUCCAAGUUCAUUAAGGAGAUAAACUCCGAGUAAGCCUUCUUUUAGCGCUUAAGAGAAAAAGAUUUCGAAGCACUUUUUUCAUGCCAGCAACAAACGUACAGUUUGAAUGUUUUUUAAAUCUAAUUCAUCAAGAAAAAAGCGGUUUCAUGUGGAGAAAAAGUAGCUAUAUUAGUCAGUUUGCACGGUAGAAAUUGGCUCAAAUCAUAUCCGAUAUGCUAGGUGUAGAACCUGGUGAUCUCAAACUGCAAAAAUCGAAAUUAUAAAAUCUUUGAAUGGAUUUUCAAUCUGAUUUUUCACAAAAGAAUCGUUUUUUCAUGAUUUUUUUGUUAAAAAAAUCUUCAAUGACAGUGUUAAGGAAAAAUAAGCCCAGGAAGUCUCGUCAAAGGUUAAAGUGUAGAAACGGUCGGAAAGAGGCCGUUAGAAAAAGCAACAACUUCUUCAAACAGCAUGAACUAAAGAGGUCAACUCCUGGCUUAGGUGAAGGUGUUGGGAGCCAAAAAACACAUUUCUAGAGGUUUGGAAAACGAAAAACUUUUUACAGUUUGCACUACGAAGGAAAGAACGUCUUCUCGAUUUAUUCCACAGCCGAUGAAGUAGUUGGUCUCAUGAACAACUGCCACCAACGGUCGUCGAUGAUCGACGGAGCCGUUGCCAUUGAAGUAAGUGGCCACGAGAUCAAUAGUUCAAUCUUACGCAGUCAAAAUACCCAUUCAUCUAUCAACUGCGACCGAAAUAACCCAACUAUCUUUGCAGCGCGACCGUCUGAUGCACGGAGCGGUGAUCGGUCAGACGACGCAGGAGCAGUGGCGCGCCCUCUCAGCCCCUUGA